UUUGCCAGGUGAACAACGAAGCCGACGCAAGCAAAGCAAGCGAGCUACGAACGACCAAACGAACGACAAACGAAUCGAAAGUGUCACUGUAUGCGUGCAUAUCUGUGUGUGUUGCUUAGUUAGCUCUUGGUGCUCGUGCUCGUGCUCGCUCGUGUUCGUGUUCGACACUCAGCAGCCCACGCGCGCGUUGUAAUUGUGUGCGAGAGUGUAUGUGUGUGCCGAACAAAAAUUUGUUGGCAUUUUUUUUUUUGGUGUUUUGGGUGUAGCAACAUUUGCGACCAGCCUCCGCAACAUGCAGUGGUGAAAUUGGUCGAGGUCGAAACGAAGCGAAAUACACACACAUACAUAUAGAGAGAGACUCAGUCUGUGGCGAACCGAAGCGCAAAAACGAAGAAACUCAACACAAUUGGGAAGCAGGCAAAGGCAAAGGCAACAUCCGACAUACAUCACAGUUAGUUGGGCUCGCUUGUCGUCUGUUGUUGUCGCCUCGCCUCGCAGGAUACGCGACGUCGACGUCGAGGACGUGAACGUGAACGUGAAUGUGAAUGUGAACGGCGUGUGUGAAACAGCGUGAACGCGUAGCGAACAGAACAACGCUGGCCGUUGACCGAGUUGCAUCGCCAAUCGCAUCGGUCUCUCUUACCCCCUGAAAGCGAAUCGAAUAAACCACAAACCAAAUACAAUUCAGAGCAAGUGAACAGAACAGAACAGUACAGAAGAGAGUGUGAGAGAGAGAACAAGAAAACCGACCAUAAAAAUAAAUAAAAAAAAAACAAAUUGAAAUCGGAAAUCAAAGCGGCAGCUGUUGCAUGUGGCCGCCGUGCCAGACUUAGUGACGCCGCCGCCGCGCGUGUCGCGUGUUUUGCUUUGCUUACUCUGCUCUGCGUGUAGCGUGAGCAUCAGCGUGUUUUUUGUUGUUUUUGUUUUUGUGUGCUUGUCCAAAUACCGUUCGUCGAUUGAUCCUCGCGAGUGAUAGAGACACAAAGAAACGCAAAACUAGUGAACCAAUUUAAAUCUACAUAUAUUGAAAUUCGAAUUGAAAUCACUGAAAAUAAAAAUCAAACAAUAAUUGAUAUACAAUUGAAAUCCUGAUUUCAAACCCAUUUGAAAUCCACUCACAUCCCACAUUGAAGUCCACUCUCAACUGCUGCAAGAUGAGGCUGCCACUGAGCACGCUGCUCGCAUCCCUGGCCCUCGUCCUCGCCCUCGCCCUCGUCCUGCCCCAGAUCGAAGCCAUCAACAUCAACGCCAACGAUCCGUGCUACUUCGAGGGCAAACCCCGCAAAUGCUUGCCCAGCUUUGUGAACGCCGCCUACGGCAAUCCCGUCCAGGCCUCGAGCGUCUGCGGUGCCCAGCAGCCGGAACGCUUCUGUGAGCUGCAACGCGAUGGCUCGGCGGGCGAGUGUCGCGUCUGCGAUAAACUAGAGCAUCGCUAUGGCGCCGCCGCUCUCACCGAUCUCAACAAUCCCAGCAAUGUGACCUGCUGGCGCUCGGGCAGCGUCAAUGUGCCCCACGAUCCGGACAACGCACCGCCGGACAAUGUGACGCUCACGUUGUCGCUGGGCAAGAAGUACGAACUGACCUACAUUUCGCUGUCCUUCUGCCCCAAGUCACCGCGUCCCGACUCCCUGGCCAUAUACAAGAGCUCGGACUUUGGACAGACCUGGCAACCGUUUCAGUUCUACAGCUCGCAGUGCCAGAAGUUCUACGGCCGUGCGGAUCGGGCCAAGAUUAGCAAAUUCAACGAGCAGGAGGCACGUUGCAUGAACUCACAGCAUGAUGGAACCGCGGGCGGCGGCGCUGCCCAGAGAUUCGCCUUCAAUACACUCGAGGGACGACCGUCGGCCAAUGAUUUGGAUGCCUCGUUGGUGCUGCAGGAUUGGGUGACGGCCACCGACAUACGUGUGGUCUUCCAUCGACUCGAGUUGCCGCCGCAGCUGCUGCUGAGUCGGGAGCGUGCCAAGGGCAAGGGGAAUGCGAAUAGCUUCAGUGAUGAGAUGACCGGUAGCCAGGAGGAGGACGACGAUGAUGAGGAGCUCGACGGUCAUGAGCUGGAGGAGCAGGAUGAGUAUGAUUACAAUUUGCACGACAACGACAGCGCUGGCUACGAUCACGAGGAGUACGAGGAGCCCAAGAAGCAUCUCGAACUCGACGACGAACUGCAUAUGGACUAUGCCAACGAUGGCGAGACGACGACCAGUAAGCGUCAGUCCAAGCAUAAGAGCAGCGCCUACGAGAAGCACUAUCAGGGCAAGCUGCUGGCCAGUACUCCGUCUCCAGCCGCGAGUGUGCCGCUCAAGACAUCGCCGGCCAGCAAAACUUCCUCCUUGCAGCAGGCCACAGCGGAGGUUGUCGCUGCCUCAGCUCAGUCGGGUUCGCCAGGUGCCUCCGGUUCCGUUUCCGGCUCCGGGUCCGUCUCUGGUUCAGGCUCCGUCUCCAUGCAGCAACUUUUGUCCGUGUCGCAGCAUUAUGCCGUUUCGGACUUUGCCGUCGGCGGACGUUGCAAGUGCAACGGUCACGCCUCCGAGUGUGUGGCCACCACAUCGAGCCUGAGCAGCGGCUCCCUUCACGUCGUCGGCGGCGAUGCUGACGAUGGCCAGGACGAUGACAUGACCAGCUCGCUGCACACUCACUUCGGACGCAGCAGCAGCAGCAGCAGCGGGAGCUCCGGUUCCCUCCAGCUGAACGCCAAGCUGGCGAUGACUUGCGCCUGCAAGCACAACACCGCCGGACCAGAGUGCGAGCGAUGCAAACCCUUCUACUUCGAUCGACCCUGGGGACGUGCCACCGACAACGAUGCCAACGAGUGCAAGAUGUGCCAGUGCAAUGGACAUGCUCGUCGCUGCCGCUUCAAUCUGGAGCUGUACAAGCUGUCGGGUCGUGUGUCCGGCGGGGUUUGCUAUAACUGUCAGCACGAUACAACUGGACGUUAUUGUCACUAUUGCCGCGAGGGUUACUAUCGGGAUGCCACCAAGCCGCCCAAUCAUCGCAAAGUCUGCAAACGCUGUGACUGUCAUCCCGUUGGCUCCACGGGCAAGACCUGCAAUCAUUUGAGUGGUCAGUGUCCCUGCAAGGAGGGCGUCACUGGGUUGACUUGCAAUCGCUGUGCUCGUGGCUAUCAGCAGACACGCUCCCAUGUUGCACCCUGUAUAAAAGUGCCCACCAACGCGAAUAUGAUCCAAGCGGAGAGCGCUGGCGGUGGCGGAGGAGGAGGUGGCGGGGGCAAUGGCGAUUACAAGGAUGGCGGCGGUUCACAGGCUGAGGAAAUGAAAAAGUAUUGCGGCAAGUGCAAGGCCAGUCCCAAGAAGCUGAAUCUGAACAAGUUCUGCAUGGAAGACUACGCUCUGCUGGCAAAGGUGAUUGGCCACGAUCGCGCAUCGCAGGACAUCAGCACCGAGAAGUUCUCGAUUGAGCGACAGAACGAGAUCUACAAAUAUGAGAUCAAUAUUCAGACCAUCUUCAAGAGGAAUCCGAUGUCAGGGACCACAAGUUCGCUGCUGGGGCGUGGCAAUAUGAUGUUGCUGGUGCCGCGCAAGAGCAUCGAGUGUCAGUGCCCCAAGAUCAAGUUAAACAAAUCGUAUCUUAUACUUGGACGCGACUCGGAGGCAGCGCCGGGAUAUUUGGCCAUUGGACCCAGUUCGGUGGUAUUGGAAUGGAAGGACGAGUGGUCGCUGCGCAUGAAGCGCUUCCAGCGGCGAGCACGCAAAUGCAGUUGAAUCGAACCGGAAACGGAAUAUGUCAGAGCGGAUUUCAAUUUCAUACACUUGGCUAGGUAUCAGUUUUUGUAUAAAUUGUACAGUUUACUCAAGUUUCUGACCUUUUUCGGCAUCAUGCUAUAAAUUAAUCACACACCCACAUACACAUAUAAAACAGAUCACAGAUUAUACUACACAUAGCGGAAUCCUUCUUCCACUUUCCCAUAAGAUACUUAAUAAAUCCUACAAUGAAUCCACACAGUUUAGUUAAGCAUUCUAGUCUAUAUACAACACUACACUUCCCAACACUACACAACACUGUUCAACACUAUAUAACACUGUUGUUCAACACUACUCAACAGCACGCCAAAUGCUAAUUACACUUCAACGAACCUGCGAGUGUGUGUGUGUGCGAAUGCGAAAUGGUGUGUGUGGCGGAAGGCCAUAAAAAACAGUUAUAAAAAUUUGAAACAAGUGCGAAAAGAGUUGAAUGUUUAAUGUUGCUGUGUCGCGUGUCCGGCCAGACGAACAACAGAUGAGCAGGAGACGUGUCCACAAACGGUGUGAAGACAACUGACUGAGGGGAAUACGGAAUACCGAAUACCGAAUACGGAAUACGAAAUAUGGAAAAUGGUUAUGGGUUGUGGGUUAUGAGUAGACAAGCACAACAACAGGCAUAGUCAACACAUAAGUGCAGUCAUAAACCAAACAGACCUCCAGCAACAUUGGGGGUAUUCAGGAAAUGGAAAUGCAAAUUUUGCAAUUUUUUAGGGUUCUGCAAUAUUGUAAUUAAAUUUCUAUAAUUUCGAUUUAAAAGCUCUUUUUUCUUUAAUCACUGAGUACCCUUAAUAGCAGCUUUUAUUUUAUUAUUAUUAUUUCUUAUUUUUUUCGAAUUUCAUUUUUUAUUUUGUGUUUCGUAUUUGCUUUUGCAUAUCGCACGCAUCACACGUUAUUUUUUUUUUUUUUUGGUCUCGAUUUGUUUUUCGAUAUUCAUAUGCAAACUAUUCCGUAUUUGUGGCGUUUGUUUUUCAGCUUUACUGUUGCUUUUAACGGCAGUUUAAUAUGCAAUUUAUUUAUUUAUUCUGCAUUUUUUCUGCCUCUUCCACCUGCAGUAUUGUUUUUAAAUAUAUGUAUUUCGUUUUUUUUUUCUUUCUGGAAAAUGUAUGCAAACAGUUUUGCUGUUAAUUAUGCAGAUGUUUAUGCCCAUUUGUUAGUUGAUUUUCACGCGCUUUUGCAUCACAAUUUGCUGCAGAGGAAAAAACAAAAAACAAAAAAAAAAACAAAAAAAGGGAAACUCAACAACGGUAGCGAAACAUUUGCUGCCAGCAGCCAUAAAAUUAAUUUAAAAUACAUUUAUUUGAAUUUAAUUUUCAAUUUGAAUUAUGCAUGCAAAUCAGUUAAGAAAAGAGAAUGAGAUAGAGAUAGAGAAGGGGAUGGGGAUGGGGGAAACUUGUUUGUGCCACAAUCUCGAAAUCUGCGUUUACAGUGAAGCUCGCGUGUUGUGCAUGCCAGCGAGGCCUCACUGUGAACGUGUUCUCUUUGAAAAGCUUGACAUGCAUCGCAUUGCACAGACAAACAACAUGAAACACGUUACACAAAUUAAACAACAAAACAAACAGCAAAACAACAACAACAACAACAAAACCAAAGGAGAGAAACAACAUGAAGCGCUGAAAAAAAUACUUUGUGGAGAGAGAGAGAGCGAGCAAGAGAGGGAGCGAAGGAGAGUGGAGAGUGAUAUGUUAGCUGUCCCCCUCUGACCCCUUUUCGUAUGCAUUUACACAGUUACACAUUCUGAUACAUUUUUCGCUGUUGUAUUUUUUUUUGUUUCCAUUUAUUCAGUUUUAUACGAUUUUAUUUGUGUAUUUCGAGUGUGGGGGCCGCGGAUUAAACAUGUUUCGGAGGGUGACUCAAGGGGGAAAGGGGUAAACUCGAAAUGUGUGUGUAACAUAACAUGAUAUAUGACAGGCAAGUGUCGAACUUGAUAAAUGCUUUAAUGAAUUUAUUUUCAUGUUUCGUAUUUCGUAUUUCGACCACGCCUCCACACCCACGCCCACUUCCAUUCGCAUUGUUGGGCUUUUGUCAUUCACAGUUGGCGACCGUGACCAUGAUACAUAUUAUAAAUCAAAAUGGGGCAACAACUGCACAGCACAAACAGACAAACAGACAGACAGCUGAUCAACAACUGGACAGUUGGGCAGUCACUGCACAGUUGGACAGCCACUGGACAGUUAACAUGCUGCGACCUUUAAGCUGAGAUUUCUAUAUGUCUCUCUUUCUGCCUGUCUGUCUGUGUGUGUGUGCAUAAUUAGCCUCUGGCUGCACACACACACACACACAUCGAAACACAGGCUGUCAAGUGUCCUGCAACAACAACAAAAUAGAGUCGACAACAAAAACAGACGAUGAAAAAAAGAAAACAGAGGCGAGAGGCGAGAGAAAUUCAAUUGUGGCUUUGGUCUGUGCUUCGUCGCUGGCUUCAUGCAUAUUUAAAUGAGAUUUUGCGUUAACUGAAUUUUGUCAACAUGACGAGCGCUGAAUGCUGAAUGCGGACAGGCGGGGGGCGUGGCCAGUGGGCGUGCUGCGGCCAUGAAAAAAAACCAUAUUAAUUUAUCCACGUUUCCAUAUAUGUAAAAACAUUUAUAUAUAUUUAAAUAAAUUGGUUUUUUUUUGUUGCUGGUUGUUGUCGCUCUCUUAUUAUUAUAUUUUCUCUCCUCCCCCUGGUGGAUGUGGUGGGGAUAGGGGGGCGUGGCAUAUGUAUUUUAAAUAACUUGCAGGCGCCAUUAGCAUAUAAAUUGAUGUGCGCCAGUUGAGCGCGAAAAAGUCAGGCUCAGUCAUUCGCACACACACACAUACGUACACCCACGCACACACACACACACACACUCACACACAUGGGAGCUUUGAAGUAACUACAUUUGGCACACACACACACACACAUGCAGCUAAGAUUUCUGUACCCCAAGUUGAAGCUGACAAAUUGACUUCCGUUUCCGCGUCAAACAUCAAAAACAAAAAAAAAAACAAGAAAA